CAUUAGUUUGCAUCUGGCACAAAGGAAACACAGACUGAGAAAAAGCCAGGGUUUGAGACAGAGAGCGAUGGCAGGUUGGGCAAUAGCGGUUCACGGAGGGGCCGGCGUGGACCCUAAUCUCCCACUCGACCGUCAAGAGGAAGCAAAAAAACUCCUCGCUCGCUGUCUUAAUCUUGGCAUCGAUGCUCUUCGUUCCGAUCAUCCUGCCAUCGAUGUCGUCGAACUCGUCGUUAGGGAACUUGAAUCGGAUCCCCUGUUCAACUCGGGGCGUGGAUCUGCGCUGACAGAGGAUGGAACCGUGGAGAUGGAAGCCAGCAUCAUGGACGGCCCGAAACGGAGAUGCGGGGCGGUGUCCGGAUUGACCACUGUUAAAAACCCCAUCUCUCUCGCCCGCCUCGUCAUGGACAAAUCUCCACAUUCCUAUCUCGCCUUCUCUGGCGCUGAGGAAUUCGCCAGGCAACAGGGCGUGGAGAUGGUGUGCAAUGACUAUUUCAUCACCGAAGAAAACGUGGGAAUGCUUAAACUAGCCAAAGAAGCCAACAGUAUACUGUUCGAUUAUAGGAUCCCAAACGCAGGAUUAGAGAAGUGUAGCGCAAGCGUGGAGACGCCGUUGCAAAUGAACGGCCUCCCAAUCAGCGUGUACGCGCCGGAGACGGUUGGGUGCGUGGUGGUGGACAGCCAAGGAAGGUGCGCGGCGGCCACGUCAACCGGCGGGCUGAUGAACAAACGGAGCGGCCGCAUCGGGGACUCGCCGCUGAUCGGCGCAGGGACGUACGCGUGCGGGUUGUGCGGGGUAUCGUGUACGGGAGAAGGGGAGGCGAUCAUAAGAGGAACACUGGCGAGGGAAGUGGCGGCGGUGAUGGAGUACAAAGGGAUGGGACUGCAGGAGGCAGUGAGCUACGUGGUAGAGGAGCGACUGGACGAAGGCAAGGCAGGGCUCAUCGCAGUUUCAUCCAAUGGGGAAGUGGCCUGUGGAUUCAACACCACCGGAAUGUUCAGAGGAUGCGCGACGGAGGCUGGCUUUAUGGAGGUUGGAAUUUGGUAAUCGAUAGUUAGUUUUCUUUUUUGCUUUUUUUUUUUUUUAAUUAUGGAACGAAGUUUGUGGGUUAAUUUUUAAUUAGUGCUGUGUAACUGCUGAACUAAAUAAUCUUCUGGAUUUUUAAAAUUCAGAGGGUGCUAUGCGAUAGAUGACCAAUGUGUCAGCAAUAAAUUGCCCUUGGCCCGAACCCUUUAACUUUA